AUCGAUUUUAUUCCAUAACUUCUUCAUUCUCUUUCUCACUCACGAGUGAAGCCUGCUUGCUUGAAUCAUGGCAUCUCGUAUUGCUAAAGAUGUUACCGAAUUGAUUGGGAACACUCCAUUGGUGUAUCUGAACAAUGUGGCUGAAGGAUGUGUUGGUCGUGUCGCUGCUAAGCUCGAGAUGAUGGAGCCUUGCUCCAGUGUCAAAGACAGGAUUGGUUUUAGCAUGAUCUCUGAUGCAGAGAAAAAGGGUCUGAUAAAGCCAGGAGAGAGUGUGCUGAUUGAGCCAACGAGUGGAAACACCGGAGUUGGGUUAGCGUUCACGGCGGCUGCUAAGGGCUACAAGCUCAUCAUUACAAUGCCAGCUUCAAUGAGUGUGGAGAGAAGGAUCAUUCUCUUAGCUUUUGGAGUUGAGUUGGUCUUAACUGACCCUGCUAAGGGCAUGAAAGGCGCUAUCGCAAAGGCCGAAGAGAUUUUAGCCAAAACACCCAAUGGUUACAUGCUCCAACAGUUUGAGAACCCUGCCAACCCAAAGAUACACUAUGAGACUACUGGACCUGAGAUAUGGAAAGGCACUGAUGGAAAAAUCGAUGGAUUUGUUUCUGGGAUUGGUACUGGUGGUACCAUCACAGGUGCAGGGAAGUAUCUCAAGGAACAGAACCCUAACGUUAAGCUGUAUGGAGUGGAGCCAAUUGAAAGUGCUAUUCUAUCCGGUGGGAAGCCAGGCCCUCACAAGAUUCAAGGGAUUGGUGCUGGCUUUAUACCAAGUGUGUUGGAGGUUGAUCUUAUAGAUGAAGUUGUUCAAGUUUCAAGUGAUGAAUCCAUCGACAUGGCAAGGCUUCUUGCUCUUAAAGAAGGUCUUCUUGUGGGAAUAUCAUCUGGAGCAGCAGCAGCCGCAGCAAUCAAACUUGCAAAGAGGCCAGAAAAUGCUGGGAAGCUUUUUGUGGCGGUGUUCCCGAGUUUCGGGGAGAGGUACCUGUCGACUGUACUAUUCGAUGCCACCAGGAAAGAAGCAGAAUCAAUGACCUUCCAGGCUUGUAUUGUCUCACCUUAAAAUUUCUCAAUUUCUUUUCAUUUGAGACGCCAAAAAUAAAAGAGAGAUGUUCAGUUUUCUCCUAAAGAGAAUCUUCAUCUUCAGUUUCAGUUUCAGUGCGUCUUUUGUGUUUCUGUAUCUUUGUGUGAGAAUAAAAAAUCAAUCUAGAUUUUCUCUGUUUUCCUUUGUGAAGAACACAUUCUGUCAAUAAGUUUGAGUUUUA